GCCUCCUUCACAGUUGAAGUUUAAAAUUUUAACUGAAAGUAGUGUUCAAAUGAUGUGGAGACGCUCGCCCAGCAGAAUACAGGGGUACAGGCUUACGCUAGCACCCACCACUGUUGGAUCUACAAAGGAAAUGAUAUUACCCCAGGGUGCAAGCAAAACAACGUUAACAGACUUAAUUCCUGACGUGGAAUAUGUGGUGACAUUAGUUGCAUUUGACCGUUCAUCAGAAAGUGUACCAGUUUAUGGACAACUUACAAUUCAGUCAGGUCGUACACCAACUACGCGACCGAAAAAACUAGAAGAACUUUCCAAAAAGUGCUCAGCCUCUGCGAUUGCCGAUUUGGUAUUUCUCGUUGAUGGAUCGUGGAGUGUGGGCAGGGCAAAUUUCAAAAAAAUCAGGGAAUUCAUCUACUCCCUCUUUUCUGCAUUUGAGAUUGGAGAAGAUAAGACCAGAGUUGGAAUUAUGCAGUACAGUUCGGACACAAGGACAGAGUUUGACUUAAACAGAUACAGUCGGAAGCAGGAGCUACUGAGUGCGAUUACUAAUCUUCCUUACAAGGGAGGCAAUACUAUGACCGGUGAAGCCAUUAAUUACUUGGUACAGAACACCUUUAGUGAAACUGCUGGAGCAAGAAAAUCCUAUCCCAUAGCAGUCAUCAUCACUGACGGCAAGUCUCAGGACCCUGUGACAGAAAGUGCUGAAGCUCUACGCAAUAUCGGGGUUGAGGUAUUUACAUUAGGUAUAAAAGGAGCUGAUUUGGAUGAAUUGAAAUUGAUCGGCUCCUCCCCCCUAAACAAGCAUGUCUUCAAAGUGGCAGACUUUGACAAGAUCCAGGAUGUUCAAAAUGAAAUAAUAAACCUGGUGUGUUCUGGCAUUGAGGAACAACUCAGCGACAUCGUGAGUGGGGAGGAAGUGGUGGAGCCACCUUCCAAUCUACAAGUCUUGGAGAUUGCGUCUAAUUUCAUGAAGCUUGUCUGGGAUUCAUCUCCCGGUCAGGUCACUGGUUACAGAGUCCAUCUUAUUCCCAUGGUGGCUGGCAUCCCGGAGCAAAGCGUCAAUGUUGAUGCCAGGACCAGGACAGCCAUGGUCAGAGACCUUACUGCUGAAACUGAGUAUCAGGUUAAUCUGUAUGCCAUGCGAGGGCUAGCAUCCAGUGAGCCUGUAUCACUCAUGGAAAAGACACAGCCAGUCAAGGAGUCAGUUGAAUGUACCCUGGAUGAAGCCACACAAGCUGAUGUUGUCCUUUUGGUGGAUGGCUCCUAUAGCAUUGGCCUGAGUAACUUUGCUAAGGUCAAAGACUUUCUGGAAACCUUGGUCAAGACAUUCCAGGUUGGUCCCAACCGCAUCCAAAUUGGCCUCGUUCAGUACAGCCGGGAACCCCAUACAGAGUUUACCCUCAUGAGACAUCAAACACUGGAGGAUGUGCUAAGCGCUAUACGGACUUUCCCCUAUAGGGGAGGCUCCACCAACACUGGCAGGGCCAUGACUUACGUGAGGCAGAAGGUCUUUGUCCCAGAGAAAGGGGCUAGGUUCAACGUGCCACGGGUGAUGGUGCUGAUCACGGAUGGCAAAUCCUCCGACGCCUUCAAGGAACCUGCCUUGAAGCUGCAAGAUGCUGGGGUGGAGAUCUUUGCGGUGGGCGUCAAAGAUGCAGUGUUUAGUGAGCUGGUGGCUAUCGCCUCGCCUCCUGAAAAUACUCACGUGUACCAGGUGGACGAUUUUGACUCCUUCCAGCGAGUGUCAACGAAGCUGACGCAGACCCUAUGUCUCAGGAUCGUGGAGGAGGUGAAAGCCAUCAGGGCAAGGGCCUUCACGACAGCCACAGAUUUGAGGACCUCUGAGGUAACAUCUCGUAGUUUCCGAGUGAGUUGGACCGGAGCUGGCCCAGAUGUCCUGUCCUACCUGUUGAGGUAUAAAGUAGCAGUAGGAGGUGAUUUCACUUCCAUUCGGGUGCCUGCAGACCAGACGACCAGAGUCCUGACUGACCUCUUGCCUGAAACGAUUUACCUGGUCAAUGUGAUUGCAGAAUAUACUGAAGGCAGCAGCCUUCCUCUAGAAGGAGAGGAGACCACUCUUGAAGAGGUUGGGUCACCGAGUAACUUGGAGGUAUUGGAUGAAACCACAGACAGUUUCAAGGUCAGGUGGACAGCUGCUCCUGGGAAUGUUCAGCGAUACAGAGUGGAGUACAGACCGGUUUUGGGAGGCGAGAGCAAGGAAGUGACUGUUGGAGGUCUAGAGACAUGGACAACCCUCCAGAACCUGCUCCCAGACACCAAGUAUUCAGUGAGAAUUAUACCUGAGUACCAAACUCUUGUUAGUCAACCGCUAGUUGGAGAAGGCACCACUAAAGAAGUACGUGGCUCAGCUCGUAACCUUGUGACUGAAAACGUUACACCAACCAUAAUCGACGCUUCGUGGACUUCAGCUCCAGGCAACGUGUACAACUAUCGUGUCACCUGGAAAUCUCUCUUUGAUGAUGAUAGUGGAGAAAAGUGGGUCCCUGGAUACAGCACCACAACAACACUGGAGAAUCUACGGCCAGAGACCAAGUACCAGAUCAGGAUUUAUGCUUCAUAUGGCAGUGGGGAAGGAGAUCCGCUUGAAGGAACAGAAACCACUGAUGCUACACCAGAGGCUAAGAAGUUGACCAUAUCAGACGAAACGGUCAACAGUUUCCGUGUGAGGUGGCUACCAGCUCCAGGCAAUAUCCUGCACUACAGACUCUCGUACCGACCAGCCACAGGAGAAAGGGCCAUUGGAACCAAGAUUCCUUCUCACGUGACCACCACUGUCCUAAGGCGACUCAAUCCUCAAACAACGUACAAUAUCUCUGUGAUUCCAAUGUACAGAAAGGCAGAAGGGAAAGUAAGAUCAGGACAAGGAACCACAGCCUCUCCAUACAAACCUCCACAAAACUUACAAACUUCCGAACCUGCCCGGUCAAGCUUCAGAGUCACCUGGGACCCAUCCCCAGGGGAAGUCACAGGAUAUAAGGUCAUCUACCAUCCCAGGGGAAGAGAAGAACAACAGGGAGAAAUGGUACUGGGGCCAUAUGAUACAACCGUGGUACUGGAAGAGUUGAGAGCUGGCACCACCUAUAAAGUGGCUGUUUCUGGAAUGUUUGAUGGUGGAGAAAGUUUGCCACUGUAUGGGGAGGAACAGACAACCCUCUCAGAUGAAGCAUUAGAGAAACCUCUGGGACCACCAGGGCUGCAGUGUACCACUAGGGCAGCUGCUGACAUUGUGCUGCUUGUGGAUGGAUCUUGGAGUAUCGGGCGACUUAAUUUCCGACAGAUCAGAAAUUUCAUCUCCAAGCUGGUUCAGGUUUUCGACAUUGGUCCCAGAAGAGUACAGUUUGGUCUGGCCCAGUACAGUGGAGACCCAAGGACCGAAUGGAACCUUAAUCAGCACAGGGACAAGAAGAGCUUACUCGAUGCUGUAGCGGGUCUACCUUACAAAGGGGGCAACACCUUGACAGGCAUGGCUCUCAACCACAUAUUGCAAAACAACUUCAAUACUGAUGCUGGUGCUCGUCCGAACGCACGUAAGAUUGGUGUCCUCAUCACUGAUGGCAAGUCGCAAGAUGAUGUUGGCAUUCCCUCUGAUACUUUGCACAACAUGGGAGUGGAGCUGUAUGCUGUUGGUAUUAAGAGUGCGGAUGAAGCCGAAUUGAAGCAGAUUGCGACUGACCCAGACAGCAUUCAUGUGUACACCGUUGCUGAUUUUGCUUUACUCAGUGAAAUUGUUGAUGACCUGAGCACGAAUCUCUGUAACAGUGUAAUGGGGCCAGGUGACUUGAAUCCUCCAACAAACCUGGUUACCUCUGAGGCGACUCAUCACAGCUUCCGGGUAACUUGGGAUCACUCUGAUUCAAACUUCGAUCGAUACAGGGUGGAAUACCAACCAGUGGCUGGAGGGAAACCUGAAGAGGUGUUAGUAAAUGGAAGAACCAAGACCACAGUAUUGAGAAACCUGCUGCCUGACACGGAAUAUGUUGUCAAUGUGUACGGACUGCUGGAAGGAGAAGUCAGUGAACCUCUCAUGGGAACAGAGACCACACUGCCCAUUCCUGGUGUGAGAAAUCUAACUGUCUACGAUAUUACCCUGACCACGAUGAAUGUCAGAUGGGAGCCAGCUCGUGGUGCCUCGGGAUAUAUGCUGCUCUACACACCGAUGAAUACCAGUCAGCCAGCUGUACAGAAAGAGUUGAAAGUUGGCGCUAAUAACACUGAUGUGAGGCUGGACAAUUUAUUUCCCAACACUGAGUAUACCCUUACAAUUCACGCCUUGUACAACGAUGUCCCCAGUGAUCCAUUGAGUGUGCAGGCAACUACCUUGGUUGUCCCAGCUCCAUCAAACCUACGCUUCACCGACAUCGGGGAGAGGCGUUUCCGUGUCCACUGGGAUCAUGGAGCAAGGGAUGUUGCCCUCUACAGACUCUCCUGGGUUCCAUCUGGAGGAGGGGAAAGAAAAGAGAUGAUUAUAAAUGGCAAGGACAACAGUCAAAUUUUAGAUGGCCUGACUCCUGACACCUUAUACGAUGUCUCGCUUACUGCCAUCUACCCAGAUGAGAUGGAAAGCGAAGAUCUCCUUGGCUCCCAGCGCACAUGAGUGGAUAAAGAGUGAAGCUGGAAAAAACACAGCAUGUCAAGCAACAUCAGCAGAGAAGAGGAGUUGACAUUUCAGGUCAGAACCUUUCAUGCUUUGUGGGCAGUGAAGACAAUGGAGAUUUCUUGAGGUCAUCAAAGGCACUAUGUAAUGCAACUGCCUCCCUAAUUUGUUCAUUAUAAUAAAGGUAUGAUAGCAAUA